UCAAGUCAAUGUGCCGUGUAAUAAUUCAAAUCAAAUAUAUGAAGCAUUUCCUGUGCAAAGGACCAAUGGCGCGUUGAUGUGAAGUCUAGAUUUUUCGUUUGGGGAAUCCCCAGCCAGUUACGUAGUUGUGCUAAGUGAUAAACAUUUUGAACGUCUUCACAUUGCAUCAUUAUUGUAGUUGUGUUUUAACGUGUUGUAUUUCAAGAUACGACGUCUGAAAUAAUUUGAAAUUUUGAACUAAAAAAGUGGCAAUUUUAAAUCUGAAACCUAAAAAGAUAAAUUUCUGCCAAAGAACAAAGAUCAUGCCGAAACAGUUCCUCAUGAAUUUCAGACCAGUUAAAAUUUACAGGAAUAUCAGCGAAGUUUUCAAGUUCUUGCUUUAUAAAGCGUCAAAACAACGUGUGAAUAAAUUUGAAGUAAUUCAAAAUGCCUGGAAUAAAGAUCCGCAAAGAAGAUCAGGAGAAAAUCCACUCCAAGUUCUUAUGUACUUCCUGUCAUUAUCUCCUUCUUAAUCCAGUGCAGACGAUGUGUGGGCACUUGUUUUGUCAGUCUUGCAUGGACAUCUUGCUUAGAAGUCCAGAUGCAAAAUGUCCUGAAGACCAAGAAAAGUUGAACAAGAACAAUGUUUUCCCAGAUGCUUUCACGAAACGCGAGUUGAAAAGUAUUCGUUUACAUUGUCCUUCUGAACAAUGUGAAUGGUUUGGCUCCUACGAAGAAUUAGAACGUCAUUAUCAAGUUUGUGAGCAUGCGCUCAUCAGCUGUGUUCACAAGCAGUGUAACAUUCAGUUACCUCGCUCUCUUCUUGGUGAACAUUUGAAGAAUGAUUGUGAAUAUCGAAAUGUGAAAUGUGAAUAUUGUGGUAAAGAUGUACCGUAUGCUUUACUUAAGGACCACAUGGAAAAACUAUGUGAAUACUAUCCUGUGUCUUGCCAAUACUGUAAGAAAAAGAUACCAAGGAAAGAUGUUGAAAAUCAUGAAAAUACGACUUGUGAUGAAGUCCCAACUAAAUGUGAAUUUCAAGCCAUUGGAUGCAACCAUGAUAAAACUUUAAAACGAAGGGAGAUCCGUCAACAUAUGAAUGACCAUCUAAUUGAUCACGUGAGCGCCUUGUUACGAUAUGUUAUGGCAUUUGUUACACAGUUAAGUAACUAUGUACCACGUCCAGAGUUUACCACUGCUGUUCAAAACAUGGCUGACCAAGUUACUGCUGUUCGUGCAAAUCUCUCAGAAAAAUUUGUUAUGUUAGUGGGUAAACUUACAGGUCUUGAAAGAAGGAUUGAGAGUCUCGAGGCUCGUGGUGAUAACGAUAGUAAUAAUGCCAACUCGUCAUUAGAGGUUUCCUCGAUGCGUGAUAGGAUUUCGACUCUCGAACGACAAUUGAGAGAAAAUUCUUCAACUAUACUACGAUUUCGUGAGCGUUUAGAUCAAAUUAAUGAAUCACUUGCUCGAAACACGGUGAAGAUUACGGAUCUCGAAGCGCGACGUGGCGCUCGUGCACUGGGAUCUAAUCAGGCCAUACACAGUUACAAUGGUACGUUACUUUGGAAAAUAGAUAACUUCAGCAAGAAGAGACAGGACGCCAUUAAUGGUAUCAAAACAGCCUUGUACAGUGCACCAUUCUACAGUUCUCAAUAUGGUUACAAGAUGUGUGCUAAGAUCUAUAUGAAUGGUGAUGGCUUUGGAAAGGAAACUCAUUUAUCUUUGUUCUUUGUUGUCAUGAAAGGUGACUACGAUGCUCUACAAACAUGGCCAUUUCAAAAAAAGAUCACCAUGAUGUUAAUGGAUCAAGGAAAUGGUGAUCACAUGAUUGAUGCUUUUCAUUCAGAUCCUCAAAGUUCCUCAUUUCAACGACCAAAGUCAGAUAUGAAUAUCGCUUCAGGAUCACCACUCUUUAUGCCAUUGGAAAGUUUAAAAAAUCGUCAGUAUGUUAAAGAUGAUACUUUGUUCAUUAAGAUGAUCGUUGACUGACACAGAAUCGAUAAUUGGGGAGGGGGCUCUUAUUUAUAUAUGCAUGUCACAAUCCCUGAAACAAUUGAUUUCAAAACGGAUUAAUUGGCGCACUAUAUAUAUGUUGCUAACCAAUUAUCGAUCUUCUGACAGUCUUAGAAUAAAUUUUGCCAUCUGAAAACGAAAAAAAGACAAAAAAAGGAGUAUUUAUAUGUGUUUUCAACAUUUUGUUUUUAUUUAUUAAAGUUUGAGUGCAAAAACACCUCGAGAAGAAAGAAAUGAGUUAAAGAGAAUUAAAUUAAUUAUAUUCAUUCUUCCUUACAUCGUCACGUCACUAACUUUUUUCCUAAGUCAUAUUUUUAAAAUUUUCGGAUAUUGCCUAAAAUUACCAUUUUUCCCACUGAUGUGUUCUGUAUUUAUUUCCCAAGUCAAUUGACCAAUCAAAAGGACGCAAUAAAUAUUUAAUAUGUGAUGCUCGAUAAAAAAAUGUUAGACUAAUAAAUCUCGUUUUCUCAAAAUUCCCAAAAAUCGCUUAGGCAGAAAAGUUAGUUACGUGAUGACAUAAAGACUCAGUCUAAAGAUUUAUGUGUAAGGUGAAAUAUAUACUGAAGCCAUUUUCAAUGAUAGUUUAUAAAAAUUUAUUCUUUGACAUAAGAUUUUACUCAAGUAUUUCAUGAUGUUAAUUUUUAUAUUAUAGAAGAGCAACUUUGUUUAUUAAUUAGAAGAAUUAUAAUAAUUUUUACGACACACUUAUAUGCUGAGAAAAAGUUCAAUGAAAUAAAUAUUACGAGCUUAUUACAUGUAAAAAUGUUUAUAUAAAGAAUAGAAUAAAACCUUAAGAAAAAUA